AUGGCGACAUCUGGGGGACACGAGGUAAGCGUGACAUGGUCGAUUGGUCGAAGGGCCCUUCGUGGCCUCGUUCGGGGACUACAAGAUUGGCGCCUGUGUCUGGAAGGGCAAUCCGAGGUUUUGCAGGCCGAGAGCCCAGAAACUGGUGGAACAACGAGGAGGUGGUUCAAAUGGCAUCAUGAAUUCUCGACCAUCAUCAUCUCUCUUGUUUUCAUUUCUCUCUUUCAACCUAGUCAUGCCCAAAACUCACCCCAAGACUAUCUUGACUCUCAUAAUGUCGCUCGGAAGCAAGUUGGUGUGGCGAAUGUGACAUGGGACAACGCCCUUGCUACCUACGCCCAAAGCUACGCAAAUCAACGGGUCGGCGACUGCAGCCUUGUGCACUCCAAUGGGCCCUACGGCGAGAACCUUGCCAAGGGCACUAGCACAUUCACCAGCACCUAUGCCGUUAGCUUGUGGGUCGCAGAGAAGCAAAACUACAAGUACAACACCAACACUUGCUCGAGCGGGUGCGACUGCUUGCACUACACUCAGAUGGUUUGGCGUGACUCGGUCCGAGUCGGGUGCGCUAGGGUUCAGUGUAACAACGGGUGGUGGUACGUUGUGUGCAACUAUGAUCCUCCAGGCAACUAUGAAGGAGAACUUCCAUACUAGGAAAGUCUU